UGCGCCGCACCGUGAGUCGCUGGUCCGCGCGCGUCAAACCUAUAUCGUUUCGAUACACGCACACCGCGCUCGUGUGUAGCUCGUGUCAUAUCCGCGCUAUGUGCCGUCAGUGUGUGUGUGCCAAAGGAUCCUAGAUGACUGUGGGAAUAGUGAGUGACAGCCGUGCAGCAAAGAAAUGGAAAAGAUAGAGAUGUUGGUUUCGUUUCAGUUAUUGGGCGGUGCUUGCUUCAGCCACGGCCCGUACACGUUUUACAAAGCAGUGAGGGUAGGAAGUGGUCGUGUGUUGCGUCUGGGCAGCUUCUUCCUGACGAAACUCUGGAGCGAUGCGGACCUCGUCAGCAUCGGGGAGCUUCAGCUGCUGUGGAUGGAUAGUCGGGGUCCGAAUCAACCCUUGGCGUCCUUACGGCUAUACUUCCUGCCGGAGAACACCCCGGAUGGUCGAAGGGACAUGCACGGAGAGGACGAGGUGCUGACGAUAUCGGAAAAGGUGGUGGUCCGCGUGAACGAUCUCGUCACGUGGUUAUCGCCGGCGUUGGAAUGGUCGUGGGGUCGGGAGGUAUCUUACCCACCAACACCUACGUCGUCCCCGGAGAGCAGCCCGCUGAGGUACGAAAUACCUCAGCCGCAGGUGCUCACCGACCCCGGCAUCGAUUUUUCCGACGUCGACAAGCAACAAAAGGAGUACGAAGUAAAUCAUAACACGAGGAGGACAGAGUGUGGCGCCCAGACGAAAGUGGUGGUGCUCUCGUACCCCAGGUACUGUCGAUAUCGGGCGCUUCUGCGUAGGCUCGAGGGCGCCGAACCGUCCUGGCUUUGCUCCUCCAUAGCAGCCGCGCUGGGCGGAUUCACAGCCACACCGGGCACCAGGGUACUCUUCUGCAGGGACACCUUCGACUACCCAGACCUUGAAACCCACGAACUCCUCUGCAACCACCUAGCGCCAAAAUUGAAGGGGCGGCCGAGGAGGAAGCGUAAAAAGCGCAGCGCGUCGCCCGGGGAGUCCAGCAAUGAAAGCGAGGCGUCGGUGGCGUCGACGUCGAAAAGCGUGCCACCAAAUACGACGACGUUGGUGGUAUCGAACGUCGGCCGACCACCGUCGUCCGUGGUACGGCGAAGCGAGCGGAAGACCAGUGCGGAGGAAAAGAAGUUCCUCACGGACGUGCAGAGUUUCAUGAAUUCGCGGGGUACGCCUGUCGGAAAGAUGCCACUGCUGGGCUACAAGCAGAUCGAUCUCUUCCUGUUUUAUACGAAAGUGCAGAUGCUCGGUGGUUACGAUUCCGUCAGCGCCGGUCGUCUUUGGAAGACCAUCUACGACGACAUUGGCGGCAAUACGGGGAACACGAGCGCCGCGACCAUUACUCGUCGACAUUACGAAAGGUUACUGUUACCCUACGAGAAGUACCAAAGGGGCGAGGAAGCGAAAGUGAGACUGACUCUUGGAAGACGUACUAAAACGAGUAGCGGGUCCGAAGAGUCCGAAGACGUUAAGCAAGAACCCAACGACCUCUACCCAUCGGAAACACCUCCACCCGCGGAAACAAACCUUCCCGCUACGACUCCUCCCCUCCAACAAAUCGUAACGACCCCGUUCCUUUCGGGCGAGAAACCGAAGACGGAAACCGGCAAGACGUCGUCUCUGCGCAGCGUACGAGUGAAGCCAGAACGCCUGAAGUCGUUGAACACUAUGAUCGCCAAUAGCACGCCAUCGCCCAGCCAGCAAACUAGCCAACUGCCAAGUCCGCCACCUUCUUCUAACACGUCAAUUUCAACGCCGAGCAGUACACCCUCCACGACGCCCACGAACGGUACCGGGAGCCAAAGCGUACUCGAGAGGCAGCUGAACAGUCCUCUGAUAUCGCAGCAAGUGCCACCGUCGUGUUCGCCGCCGGGUCUACCGGUGACCACUGUAGCAACGAAUGCCUCUACGGUGGUAACGUUAACCCCGCCGCCGGAGAAGGACAUGAAGGAGAUAAAGCUGGAUCAGAAGCAGACCACGUUGCUGGCGCAGGGCAAGGAGAACAUACCGUUGUUCGGCGAGAAGUCGAUAUUCGCGGAGAAGGCGAUAGUGCCUCCCAGGUCGCCCGAGGUGAUCGACUUGGAGUCGGAGAGCGACACGAGUAGGGAUAAAAUAAUCAUUCCCAGCUUUAAGAAACGUAAACUCGAGAUUCUGCGGGAGGGCGGUCUCGAGGUCACUGCCGUCGACCUGGACACGCGACCGAGCGUGAUCCAAAGCAAUCCCCCGGCGCCGGCGACGAUGAGGUCCGAGGAGAAAUCGCCGAUAUCGUACCCGCUUCCAGUCACACCAAAUUCCAUUCCGAAAUUGAUUUCCGUUACCGUCACGCCGGACAUCGGGCACAUGUUGUCGUCGCCGCAGGAACACCAGCACCCCCAUCACCAAGCACGGUUGCAAGUACCGAGCAAACAACCGCCCGGCCAUCACAACAACAACAACAACAACAACACGGUGAACAACAACAACGUGGUGAACAGCCGCGUGAUAAAUCUCGGUACCUCGAACAACGCGGCGUUGCUGCAGCUGUACGCGAACGCGAACGUACCGCCGCCGGCGUCCUCGGCGAUCCACCAACCGAACCAUCGUUUCGUACCACCGACCGUGCCGAACGGCAGGAUAUUCCCGCCCAAGGUGACGCAGUCGAGGUCGAUAUUCGCGCACAACGAAAAGAUGGUGUACGGAGACCCGAAGGAUAUACUCAGCCCUCCGAAGUAUCGUCCGUCGUUGCACCGUUUGCCGCACCAGCCGCCGAUCAACAACAACAACGAGCCGAUCGCGCACGGCGGGGUCCUCGAUCUGACGCAAAAGUACGGCGAUAAGUCGGUGUUCCCGAGGCCGAGCCUAGAAAUAGUGAAAGUACCUGUAGUGCCGAGGCCUAAUCCAUUGAAUCUGGAGAUGAGGAACUCGUCCGCGGCUAAGGAUAAACCGACCGACUGUACGAAACGGAACGCGUUCCCGGGCUACCAGAACGUGCUGGACAGCCGGACCAUGGCUUCGAACAACCUGGAGAUCACGAUCGUGAACCCCAAGCAGAAGAACAAUCACGCGAGCGCGCCGCCGACGGUGCGCGUGCCGAGUCCACCUAAUAGGAAUAACGCGAUGCCGGCGCAAAGAAGGCAACAGGUGAACGGCAGGUACUCGACGUCGAGGAGCGAGCCGGUUUCCCCGUACACGCCCAGGAAACCGAUCAGUCAUCCUGUCAUACCGAACGUACCUAACCUGAAUCAUUUGAAUAGCGGUAACUCCUAUCCGAGGAUGCAGACGGCCAUGCAUCAACAGAUCAGUAUAGACAGAAGAAAAAACGUAGAAACGAGCGGCAAGGAGCAACACCAUCAGCACCGUCGUAUCAGCGAGGGCGACAAGUCGUUGAUCGGUCAGCAACACCACCACCACCAGCACCAGCAGCAACACCAGCACCAACAGCAACAGGAGUCGAGGCAAAACGAGGCUGGAAGACGACACAGCGUUCCUAGCAUACCGUCCGGCUACGUGCCAACGGUGCCGCAAAGCAAUCCAGCCUAUCUACCGCAACUGCCAACGAACACGCCAGGCAAGUUCCUACCGAUUUUGGACCCGAUGUACUAUUCCGCGUUCUACAACGGUUUGUUCCCGCCGCCGCCGAUGCCGCCCACGGCCACCACUUCGUUUCUACCGCCUGAGUUCAGCGCGUACUACAAGGAGUUACUUGCUUCCUCGCAACCAAGACUGGGGAUGGCGGGGCAGAACCAGCCGACUGCCCCAACGUCUAAGUAGACAAUGGGAUCUCAUAUUGUAGCUUCUCCCGACGUACUAGCGAAUAACGUCGGUCUCCUUUCUAAAGACAAAGAUCCGUCGGGUUUCCUCGCCUCGAAUAUCUAUUUUCAAUUCAAGAAUCUAUUCAACGGGGGAGCUUCCUCGUGCGUGUCAAUAAAGACAGUUUCUGGAGUGAAAUCGCGACCGGAUGCUGGUGAGCGCGUAUCGCGUUAUGGUUUUAACGAGCCUCUCGACCAUCGUUACAACGUCGUCUUUCGGACACUCUUCCCCGUGGUUCCGGUUGUUCGCGAUUAUGAUCCCUCCGACCCGAAAAUAAGUGGAAAGUGAGGUUUUUUUUUUUUUACAAAUGGUAACUCGUUGACUGCCCCGUCGAUCGUUUUUUAAUUUACCCGAUCGAGAGUGAAUUUUAACCCUUUCGUUGCUCCAGCGCGAGUGCCCCGUUUUAAAGAUUCCUUGUGAACGUCUUUAGGGGGAGGUUUAAGAUAGAUGGUAUUUGUUUUUGGAACUGUGCAACUUUUCCCUUAUAUUGUUUUGUGUAUUAUCGGAAAGCAAAAACACCCUGUGUGUUCUCUUUUUAUUUUUAUACCAAAUUUUAUACCAAAAAAGCAGAAGCCAUUGUUUAUGCUGGUAUAGAAAGGGUUAAAAGGAUAAAGUAUCUGUUCUUAGAAUCAGUCUGAACAAAGUUAAGGUUGCACGGAUAAAUAAGUUGCAGCCUUCUUAAUGUUUUUCUUUUUUUUCGAUCGACCCUUUGCACUCCAGAGAACUAUUUUUUAACGCAAGGACUUGAAAACAAUUUUGUGGCGUCAAUUCUGAAUAUAAUUUACAUUUUAUUCGUUUGUUUCGUUAACUCGGUUUGCGUUGUCGUAAAUAAAACGUGAAUCGAGCGCAGUGUGUAUUACACGCCUCCGUGAGUACGCCAUUGGAGUGCAAAUGGUUAAAAAUUGCAGAUUCACAUAAGUUAAUCAUACAGUCUGUUCCGACAAAGAAGGAACGUAUAAUCUCUAUACGUUACGUUUGCUUUUAUAAAUAUUUUUGGGUACGAGUCAUCAGCUUAAAUUAGACGAGAUAAGGAUUAGAUUAUCAGGUAUCGAGUACACAGAAGAUAGCUCGAAGUUAGCGUGGCAGUCGACGCAUCAAAGGUUAUGUUUUCGAAGGUUAGGUUGCCUUGGAGAUCGUAUUGUGAUAUAUCGUUGAAAUUGUUUUUUUAUUGGCUAUAAAACUGUACAUAUAACGAAAUAGUGUUGCUUUGAAACUAUAUGAAAAUGUACCAUUGACAAAAUCGUUUGCAUUUUCCAGCGCGAGAAACUUUCUUGUUUUUUUUUCAACGAACAAAUUUUCAACUUAUUUUUAAGCGAAGGGCCAUCUUCCACGAAUUGCCGGACACCCCUGUGUGAGAGUGAGAGAGAACAGUUUAAACCAUAGGAAUGCAAGUAAGCGGAGACUGUGGAAGUUCGAACGGGCGAACGAAUAAUUUACAGUGGAAUAGGUGUGUACGUGCAUAUAUUAUGCAAUAAAUUAGGUAGUAAUUUUUUAUAUGUAACAAUAAUACGAGACAUAAAACUUCGUUGUAAAUCGGAGAGAAACAAUGUUUCGGUCUUGUUUUAAUUCUUCUCUUCAUUUUUUUUGUUUUUUUAUAUAUAUAUGUAUAUUUCGAUAGAGUAUUCGAUAUUUAAGGGGGGAAAAGAGCGUACUAAAGCACUGUGAUAACGAUCAAAAAAAGGAGAUGCUGUACUCGUUGGAUGGGCGACGAAUGGCAGUUUCUCGACUCUUUCCAUACGAAAAUAAGACGACUUUUUUACGUUCAAUUCUAUCGCGAUCUUUGCGAGGGGGCGAUCAGACUAGGUUGGACAACGUGUUUCUCUUUUUAUUUUGUUUUCGUAUUUGUAUUUCAUUUUUUGUAUACACAGAUUCUCCAGGGAGAUUAAAUUCGAUUCUCUUUCGCAUAGUAGGGUCAGAAUUCCUUCAUUUCGAACGUGCGAUGUGAUAACUAAAUAAAUAAAUACAUAUAUGUAUAUACAUAUAAAUGAAUGAAUAUAUGUAUAUGUGUAUAUUGCGAGAUGUUUAGCCGACGGAUCGUCAAAACGUAUAAUUGUUUAUUGUAUAACGAUAAAUCUUACCGUAGUGUAUAACGAUCGCGAGAACCCUAUUCUACCGUGUAAGUUUAGACAAAUUUUCAUUGUAUCUCUUGACACACGCAUACACACACACACACACAGAGCAUGCGCGAUCACCAUACUCGUACACAAACACACACACAGACACAGACACACACCGAUCCGUAGUCAGUUCUAAACAAUAAUAAGUGCACGUAACGCGGUGUUAUUAGCAACGAGACGAAUGUAUAUAAUGUAUAUAAUCACGUAUCCGUUAAGCUAGAUAAAAAGUCCUUCCUCCCCUCUUUCCUCCUCCUCUCCCAUGCAUUGUAUCUUUCAACAUUUUACGUAAGAAAAAAAAAACGUGUUAAGGUUUAGCAAGUGUGUACAGGCUGUCUGACUUUUGUGUGGCCAACGAUAGUCGUAUCGCUGUAUAAAUAUAUUCUUCGCUAGGGUGCAACGCAAUAUUUUUUGCAGAAUACUUUUUUAGAGGAAGUCUUUUGUACAUUUAGACAAGAAAAGAAAAAAAAAGAAGGAAGAAGGAAAAAGCUGACAAGCACGUUUUCGUUUUCGUCGACGUACAUGUGUAUAGAUAUACAUAUACAUAACGAUAUCACCGAUCAACGGCGAGA